AUGUCUGACAAGAGAGAGUUGCUGAACGAACCACUUCACGGGAUAUAUAUUCCAAUUUUGUUAGUGAUCGUCGGGGUAGCAAUUACUUGCUAUACUGCCAAUGACUCGAAGUUCCUGUGGAUGCUACCAUUUUCAGCCAUAAUCUUGGCGCUAAGAUUCAUUGCAGCCUACAGGAGGAGAAGAUCUAUUUAUCCUGACAAGUGGACAGCUUUAGAACUAGAAGAUCAAACCUUGAUCUCAAAGAACUCGGCUAUUUAUCGUUUUAAAUUGAAGACAUCACUGGAAACGCUGAAGAUUCCGGUAGGCCAUCAUUUGGCUGUAAAAAUACCAGUGGAUGGCAAAGAUGAAAUUCGUUAUUAUACUCCAAUUGCACAAGGCUAUGAACCCGGGUAUUUCGAUAUAAUUGUGAAAUCGUACGCUGACGGCAAAGUUUCAAAACAUUUUGCUGGCUUAAAACCUGGAGCAACUGUUGAAUUCAAGGGACCCGUUGGUAGAUUCAACUACAUAACUAACUCUUACAAGCACAUCGGAAUGGUGGCUGGUGGCUCUGGUAUCACUCCUAUCCUUCAAUUGCUUAACGAGAUCAUUACCACUCCGGAAGAUGUUACAAGGGUUUCAUUGAUUUAUGCUAAUGAAACAGAGAAUGACAUUCUUCUUAAGGACGAGCUGGAUGAAAUUUCAGAAAAGUACCCUAACUUUCAAGUACACUACGUUUUGCACAAACCAUCAGAAAACUGGGUCGGUGAUGUUGGGUAUGUGACCAAGGAGCACAUGCUAAAGUAUCUACCUAACGCAUCAGACGAAAACAGGCUGUUGUUUUGUGGUCCUCCAGAAAUGAUCAGAAUGCUACUAAAUCACGCUGAGGAGCUUGGAUGGCCUAAAGGGAUUGAGAAAUCCAGAGCGGAUGACCAAGUUUUUGCCUUUUAA